GGGUGUUCUCCCUCCCCCCUCUUGCCCUCUGUUGCUUCUGCUGCUGCGGCCGACCUCGUUGGUUUUGAGUCGGUUGGUGCUGCGUCUGCCCCGUCGGAGUAGCGCCGCACAGGCAAGGGCAAGUGGGGCAAGGGCGCUGGAGGAGCUGGCGGGGGCGGUGGUGGUGGCGGUGGAGGCGGCGGAGGGAGUGGGGGUGGUGGUGGGAGUGGUGGAGGGGGUGGGGGUACCGGUGGCAGCAGUGGUAGCGGGGGCGGCGGCGGUGGCGGAGGGAGCGGAGGCGGUGGUGGUAGCGGAGGUGGCGGUGGUGGCGGAGGUGGCGGAGGCGGCGGAGGCGGCGGAGGAGGCGGAGGUGGCGGUGGAGCUGGUCGCGGGUCUACGCAGAGGAGUGGCUCUGGUGGUGGUCCGCGCCAGCAGCAGCAGCGCGGUCGUGAGACCCUGUCCCCUCAGCAGCUCCGUGAGUGGUACAAUGCACGCAAACGGGGUGAGGGUUUUGGUCCGUGCACCUACGUCCUGCGCACCGGCGACCGUGCGGGUGAGCAGUGUGGGGGUGCGCACCCCACCCAGCGAUGCUUUGGCCGCCUGA